AUGCAGCUGUCAAAACUCACAGCCCCAGUUAUCGUCUCUUUGGUGUUUUUGGCAAACGAGGUCGUUGCUUGGGACUGGUGCAUGGUGACGGUGUUUUACCAAGGCAGGACCAGUGGAGAGACGUUGCCAACAGCAAAGAAAGUUGGGUUGGUGCACACUUUCCCUGGAGAAGGGAGGGGAUAUGCUGUCUACAAGUUCAGCUUGGACCAUAAUUGUAAAUGGAAACAGGAGGGUCGACCUUUCCUGCAUGGGAUGAGACUUGAAACAGAGGGCUUUGUCCCUAAACCAAAAUAUGAAUAA